AUGUCAAGUAACCCGCGUCAAUCUGCUGAACCACCCCGUGGUAAUGGUGAUAAUGCAAACUUAAAACCUGUUCAAGUGAAGCUAGUGCUGCUUGGUAAGUUUACACCAUCGGAAGCAUCUUAUUUAAAUAAAUUAGUCGCAUUAACACACAAACUUUUCUUGUUACAAACAGGCGAAGCCGCUGUUGGUAAAUCUAGCUUAGUGCUUAGGUUUGUAAAUGAUGAAUUCCAAGAAAACAAAGAGCCAACUAUUGGUGCCGCUUUCUUAACGCAAAAGUGUCGUUUAGAAGAUAAAGUGAUCAAAUUCGAAAUCUGGGAUACCGCUGGUCAGGAAAGAUUCCAUUCUCUGGCUCCAAUGUAUUAUCGAAACGCUCAGGCAGCUGUAGUUGUUUAUGAUGUAACAAAAGCCGCCUCGCUUGAUAAAGCUAAAUCUUGGGUAAAGGAAUUGCAACGCCAGGCAAAUCCAAACAUUGUUAUUGCACUUGCAGGAAACAAAAUAGAUCUCGUUCAACCAGUUGAUGAUGGCGAAGAAGAUCCGGUGGAAAGUGGGAGACAAGUUCCUACUGAAGAGGCUAAAGCUUACGCCCUUGAGGCUGGUUUGUUAUUUUUCGAGACUAGCGCAAAGAAAGGCGAUGGUGUGCGGGACGUUUUCACAGAAAUUGCCAAGAAGAUUCCUCUUGAGCAUCUUAUUAGCCGCCCACGUCAAGUAGGUAAUAAUGGCAACCCGAUAAGCGUAAUUCCAUCUGUGCCGAAUAGACAAAAUGGAAGUAAUAAUCCUUCCGGAUGUAGCUGUUAA